UCUUAUUUUUUGUUUUUAGGGCCAGGGAAGCAAGUUGUCAAAAAUGUUAGCGGUCGAUUCAUGUCUGGUCAGCUCAUUGCAAUUAUGGGCCCUUCGGGUGCCGGCAAGAGUUCUCUACUGAACGUUAUAUCCGGUUACAAGUCUGCUGGUGUAACAGGAGAGUUGUUAGUAAACGGACAACCUCGUGAAGAACAACUCUUCAAAAGAUCAUCAUGUUACAUCACCCAAGAGGAUCUGCAUCAACCCCUACUCACAGUACGCGAAGCUAUGGAUGUAGCAGCGAAGUUCAAACUUCCAAAGGGCGUGAAAAAACCGUCAACAGAUAUUUUACAACAACUUGGUCUAUUAGAACAUCAACAUACAAGAACGGAUCUACUUUCAGGAGGGCAAAAGAAAAGAUUAUCGAUUGCAUUGGAGAUGGUGAACAACCCGCCAGUGUUUUUCCUCGACGAGCCAACAAGUGGUCUCGACACAGUCACCACCAUGCAGUGUGUCAAGUUGUUGAAGCAGUUGGCACGGCAAGGUAGGACCGUCGUGUGUACCAUUCAUCAGCCCGCUGCGUCGCUAUUCGAAAUGUUCGAUCAGGUAUAUGUACUGGCAGAUGGGAAAUGUAUCUAUCAUGGCGAUACAGACGCCAUGCUACCCCAUUUAAGCAGCGUCGGCUUAGUCUGUCCUAGGCACCACAACCCAGCUGAUUUCAUAAUCGAAGUAACAGAAAACCCAGAAAAUAUAACAAUGCUGUCAAAUGAAAUCUUAAACGGGCGUGUUUACAAAUCAAACGAAAUUGACACUAACAUAAAUGUACCAAUAGACAACAUACCAUUGAAAAUCUGUUAUCAAAUCGAAGACGAGUCUGGAGAAACAGAAAUAGUUUUAUCCAAUGAGAAAUGUACUUUCAAAGUAAAACAACUCAAUGAAAUCAGCAAUUCGACGACGUCGAUGGAUCAAAUAUCGAGAGACAAUUCGUCUUGGGAGUGGAUGAAAAUACAAGAAUCAUCAAGUCGAUAUCCAACAACAUAUUUCCAACAAUUUUGGAUACUCUUGCAACGAAUGUUGUUACAAAUAUCAAGAAACAGACAAGCAUUAUGUAUCCAAACCGUUCAUCACAUUAUGUGUGCCGUCCUAGUGGGGUUAUGUUUCUUCGGCAUGGCUAACGACGGCACCCAAAUGUUUAACCACUUAAAGAUGUGUGUUGGCCUCGUGAUAUUCUUUGCGUACACACAAGUUAUGGUCCCAGUGGUUGUAUAUCCUCAAGAAGUUAAGCUAGUGAAAAAAGAACAUUUCAACAGCUGGUACGGCCUCUUACCGUACUACGCUGCUUUGACAGUGUCCAAGUUGCCAGUACAAAUAUCAUUAAACCUGGUAUUUUGCACCAUCGUCUUCUUCAUGGUUGGAGUCCCAUUCUCUAUUGUCCGGUUUAUAGUGUUCUGCUUAAUUGGGAACGUCCUCUCCAUGGUGUCUGAGGGAUUUGGCUUAGCGAUCGGAUCAGUAUUUAGCAUUACGAAUGGUUGUGCAAUUGGCCCAGCAGUAAUCGCACCGUUCCUUGGUCUCGCCAUCUACGGGUUCGACUUCGCUCACAGAAUCCCCCUUCUGAUGAACAUCAUCAUGAAGACAUCCUUCAUUAGAUGCGGCGUUGUCGCUAUGGUACUCACCGUUUUUGGUUUUGGUAGAAAACCACUUGAAUGCACCGACGUGUAUUGCCAUUUCUCAAAACCAGACGUCCUAUUACAAUAUCUAGACAUAGACAAAAGUUCUGUCUGGCUAGAAAUCCUUAUCAUGAUUACUAUUAUGGUUACGGUAAGAUUUAUCUGCUAUAUGGGUCUUAGGUACCGUUUUGCGACGUGAUUUAGAAAUAACACUUUAGAUAAAACAUAUUUUGGUACGUAAUUUUGCAGCAAAGGCAUUAGUACAAACUGUGUAUGUGAUAUUUUUUUUAGCACGUUUGAACUGUCCUACCUAUCUGCAGUAGUUAAUGGCUCUAGCCAAAGAGAACUUUUUCUAUGUUAAUAAAAAUGGAUUAAUAUAAUAUGAUGAAUACGGUGCAUAGUAUAAAAUUACCAGCAAAGGUAUUUCAUUACUUCUAAUUUCACUUUUAAAUUAAGUAUGCAUUCACUCCGAACUUUCAGAUACACGAAAGUGUGCCUACAAAUAUUACAUUUUAUUACCGUUUAUGUUGUUCUGAAUGUAUAAGUAGUACUUAAUUGUUAUCAUGUAAAAUAAACAAUUUUUUUUUCUGCUAAUUAGACCAUAUGCUGUCAAGUAUAAAAACUUGGAUUCCAAAGGGUCUUAGUCGGUAUAGAGAUGCUACACCACAACAAAUCAAAAUAUAGGGAUUCCAAUAACUUUGAGCAAAAAAAAAAAUGCUUGAAAACUUCAUCAAAUCUUGUUAUUUGAAUAGUCUAGUUAACAUACAAGGCUGGUAGACAAAAUAUUAUACGCCCACGAAGACUCAUUCGCAUAGUGUAAGAGAAGUUUAUAGAGAAUAUUUUUUCAUAAUUUUUUUAUUAAAUAUGAAGUCUCUAAGUAAACGCUGGUCGUGUUCUCAUUUCUAGGCAGCAAUUAACCCAAGCCUUGAAAAACAUAAUAAGUACUUAUUUAAUACUAGCAGCGCUCGUGACUUCAUCCACGUGGAAUAGUGACUUUGGACAGCAUUUUUUGGACAUAUACCUUUUGGUUAAUUUUGGACAACAGAAUAGCUCUAAUAUUUCGUCUCUUGUCGCAAACUUAUUAAACAUUCACAUAAACCUUACAUAUUUCCAUACAAACUUUCAUCCUCUAUUCCCUAUUGUUAUAUUACACCCUUGAGGAUAAAACUUUAACAAACUUUGAAUGUCAUAAUAUUUAUUUAUAUCGAAUCAACAGCUUACAAAUAAGUUUAAAGCUUCUAGCUCUAAAAAUGACGAUACUUCCUAACAACUUUGCAUCCCCACCUUUCAACCCUUUACACCCCCUUUUUCGUAUACAAAGUAGCCAAGUCAGUCCUUUCUCAGGGUCUAGACUAUCUGUGUACCAAAUUUUAUUUAAAUCGGUUCAGUAGUUUUGGCGUGAAGGCGCGACAGACAGACAGACAGAGUUACUUUCGCAUUUAUAAUAUUAGUAAAGGUUUCAACAUAUUAAAUUUUCAUUUAAGUACCACAUCAAGUUUUUCAUCUAAAUCAUAAUAAAUAGAAUAUAAAUAAAAAAUAGAAUAAAUGUUAGCCGAAACCUUGCUUUUUGAUAUUAUAGGUAUUUUAUAUUAUUUUUUGUUAACAUAUUGCCAAUAUGUUUGUGGGUCUUAUUUAAUUUUUAAUGAAAUGUACUCCCUAAGCAAGUUUUAAAUUGUACAUAAUUAUGUUAAAGUAAUUGAAUAUUUAAAUAUUAGUUAUAAGGAUGCAGGAAUUACAAAGUAAAUUUAUAAACAUUUGUAAAUACUUGAGGUAAGUAGGAUUUUUCUACUUUUAAUAAAAUAAAGUAAGUUAUUAAAUAAA